UUGAAAAAGUAAGUGAAUGAGAACCUAGUCCAUUUGAGUAGAUGCUCCUUCACGAACAAAACUUAGCAUAUCUGACCAAUCCGGGUUGAUUCUCUGUCCUAUGAGCUUGCCUGCAACUCUGUCCCAAAUAUUGUAUGAAUAGGGACACGCAAAAAACAUGUGAUCACGAGUCUAAUCUCUUUCACCACACUGGACACAUCCUUGCGUAAUUUUCCAUUGCCUCAUUCGAUCGCCGGUAGAGAGCAUGUUCUGAAUUGAUAGCCAAACAAUAAAAGAAAACCUAAGAAUGCCUUGUUUGAACUACACACACAACUACCCCAGUUUACUUUUGCUUUCUUACAACAUUCCCAUGUUCUUGUUGCAGAAAAGUAAUCCUUAUAAACCUCAGUAUCAUGCCUCCAGAGGAAUUUAUCAUCACCCAAUCGCUGAUCAUGGACGGGUUCUACUUGAAUUUUGGCAUUAAGCUCUUGGAAAUGACGGCUCCUCUGCCCCCCUUACACUCUACUGUUCCUGUAGAACAGCAUCACACACCCUUGCACUUCGAAAAAUCUCAAGAUAGCGUGUGCCAACUGCACCUGUUACUUUGAUAAGUUUGCCAACAUGCAGCCAAUCAUCUUGCCAGAAGAAAGCUCUUGCACCAUUACCAACUUCCACCCUGAUAAACUGAAAUGCCAGAGUACGCAUCUUAAGGAGUUUACUCCAUAUCCAUGAUCAUGUAGAUUCAUCACGCACAUCCCAAAACGAGCUAUGACGUAGGAGAUAAUGCUGAAUCCAUGAAACUGACAUAGAGCCUGACAUAUUAAAUAUGUGCCAUAUCAAAUUAAGAGCAAAGACCCCGACAUAAUCAUAUAGUCUCCUAAAAGCAUCUCCAACUCUACUUCAUAAUUUACUGCAAAAUGGAGUGGAAAAUAUAGUAGUGAAGAAACAAAAAAGUGUUUACUCCAUAAAUGGAAUAAUAAUUUUUGUUUUUGUUUUUUCAUUGCUAUAUUUAUCACUUCAUUUUGUAGUAAAUUAUGUAAUAGGAAUGGAUAUGCCCUAAUACCAAGUUCCCCCCCCUCUCUGAGAUAGCACAAUUUUUCCAUCGGAUUUUAGUCUUAUGGGUCUGAUGAGGAUCUCCUGACCACAUAAAAACACUACAAAAACUCUCAAUUGUAUCCGGACAAGCCAUUGGCAAGAUAAAAGCUUGACUCCAGAAGUUAGCUAUGCUGGAAAUAACUGAUUUAUAAGCUGCAAACACCCUGCAUAUGAUAAACUUUUAUUGGUCUAGGAGAGCAUUUUUGUUCUGAUAUUAUCUAUCAACGACUCACAAUCCUCCUUAGAAAGAGUGAAUCAAAGAGUGAAUCGGGUGAAUUCUAAUUUUACCACAAGUUUGAUAUCACUUUCAAAUCUAUAUUAUUAAAAAAAAGAAGUACAAAUUUAGACUUACCCUUAAAAUUGUAAAAUAUUUACAGCACAAUACCACUGAAAAUUAAAUAAACCUAUUAUUAAGUAAUGCUUUUCUUUUCUAAUUAUUACAUAAUUUCUUUAAAUAAUUAUAACACUAACAAAGAUUUCGGCAACAAGAGAAUAAAAUCUCCACUUUCCUUAUUCGUGGUUUCAAAACAAUCACAAUAAACAAAAUAUUCUGAAAAUUAAAGCCAAAAAUGUUGUGGCUAAAAUCAUGCCUUUUAUUAUUUUAUGUAGAUUCUAUUAUAAAUAUCAAGCCAAUGUAAAUUUACUAUGAUAAAUAGGUUUAAUAGUAUAAAGUAUAUAACACCAGAUUUUAAAUAGUAUAUACAAUAAUUUUAUUAUAUCUAUCAUAAAAAUUUGAUCCAUAAAAAAAAUACAUUUGUGCGGAUAUACGAGUCAUAUUCUAAAAAAGUAGAUGAUACAAUUAACGAAUUACAAGACAUGUAUAAUACUCAAUAUAAAUUAUAAGUUUUUUAUUUUUAGAAAUAUCAUAUUAAACAAUUAUUUUAUAUGGAUAAAUUUUAAAAAUAUAGAUUAUCACUUACAAAGAAUAAAUAUUUAUCUAUAAAAAUUAAAAACAAAAACUCACGCCCGAUAAAUUUUAAAAAUAUAGAUUAUUACUUACGUAAAAUAAAUAUUUAUCUAUAAAAAUUAAAAACAAAAUUCAUGCUGGUGUGCAGAUCAAGCGCUAGUUUACCUUUAAAUAAUGAUCAUUUUUAUAAAUUUCUUAAAUUUGUGAUAAACGAAAUUAAACCAACUCUUUUAAACCGUUUAUAAAUGUUUAAUAACCUCACUAUUUAAAUAAUAAAUCCUCAACAUUAAUCACUAAACUUUAAAUCUAAAUAUUAAUGUACUGUUUGAUUACAUGUAUUUUUAAAAAUUGAUAGCUAAUUUAGGGUAUUUCAAACAAUUUCUCUUUUAAAUUUUGAUUAAUGCAUUUCAAGCAAAUAAGGCUGAUGACGCUCUUGACACGUUAUUGAUGUCCUCAUUAUAAGAAGAGAGACAGAUAAUAGUAUACUAUUUCAUAAUCCAUUUUUAAGAAAGCUACUUUUCUUCUAUUCCCAUUUAAUAAUCAACCUAACUAAUUAUAUAAUGGAAACAACUAAUUUCCUUUUAGCAGUUUUAAAAUGCAAAUUAGAGAUGGAUUAGUUCAUCGGAUGUAGAGAUUUUGACCUGCAAUUUUGUGUUUAACCUUCUCCUUUUUUCGUUGAGAUUGUUUUGUCAUGAGAAGGUUAAAACUCUAAAUCGGUAUUUAUCCUCAAACAAAUACUUUGUUUCAUCUGAACAAAAUACCAUCAUCAUUACAAUAGGAUAGUGUUUGAUUUCACUUUUGAAGGCAUAUCAUGUUUUAAUUCUUGUCUUUCUCCAGAAAAAAACUUGUUUUUUUUCCUUGUUUUAUAUUCGUGCGUGCUUCAAACUCUCAAUAUAGUUUGUUGGGUUUGUUUUUAAAACGUUCUUGACAUCAUUAGUUUGGAAAUUUUUCAAAGCUGCAUUUUAUGUGUUAGAAAUAUUUUGGAAAGUUGCUAAAACGUUUCUUUCAUCUCAAAUGCCAUGAAGAGAAAAUCGAAUUAAAAAAAAGAACACGAAGUCUUCUUUUCAAAUGUCAACCAAUGAGACAAUUUGAAAAGUCUGUUAAUGUUGGAAACUAUCAUUUUCCCAUAUUUUUGGUCUCAUGCAUUAAAAGACCCAAGACUUUUGGUUCAUACCAUUUAAACCCCAUGUUCCCUUAAUUAAGAAGAUUACAGUUUUCAAAAUCUUCCAGAUUCCACACCUUCCUGUCCUCAGAGUUCUGUCCUUAAUUUCAUAAUACUGAUCGUAACCCACUCGAUUAGUUAUUUCUUUACCAAAAUUUCCGAGAAAUUAUCCAGCUUCUCGGGAAAAUCAGGAAUCAAAAAAACUUGGAGCUUUCCUCAACGCCUCUGCCAAAAAAUUGGGUUUUAGAGAUUCUGCAAGUGAGAGGGAGCCAUGGCAGGAGGUGAAAGGAAGCGUAGAAGGAGGAAGUUACAGUUAAGCAAGCUGUUCACACUAUCAUCAGCCAAAGCUUGUUUCAAGCCAGCACACUCGCAGAUUGGAAGAACUGGUUUCUCUCGUGUGGUUUACUGCAACCAACCUGAAUCAGCUGAUUACUGCGACAACUACGUGAGGACCACCAAGUACACUCUCGCCAGUUUCCUCCCUAAAUCACUCUUCGAGCAGUUCAGGAGAGUCGCCAACUUCUACUUCCUUGUCGUUGGGAUCUUGUCUUUCACUCCUCUCGCUCCUUACACAGCUGUGAGCGCCAUUGUUCCCUUGACUUUCGUCAUCCUUGCUACUAUGGUUAAAGAAGGUGUAGAAGAUUGGCGCAGGAAACAGCAGGAUAUUGAGGUGAAUGGUAGAAAUGUUGGAGUGCACCAAGGCAAUGGGCACUUCGAUCUCAAGGAGUGGAAGACACUAAGAGUUGGAGAUAUAUUAAAGGUGGAGAAAAACGAUUUCUUCCCGGCAGACCUUGUCCUGCUUUCAUCUAGCUACGAGGACGCUGUUUGCUACGUAGAGACAAUGAACCUCGACGGGGAGACAAAUCUGAAACUCAAACAAGGACUAGAAGUAACCAUGUCACUCCGUGAAGAGGUUGACUUCAGGGACUUCGACGCUUUUAUCAAAUGCGAGGAUCCUAACGCUAACUUGUAUUCCUUUGUCGGCACUAUGGAGCUCAAGGGAGAGAAGCACCCUCUCUCGCCGCAACAGCUUCUUCUAAGAGGCUCAAAACUCAGGAACACAGACUAUAUCUAUGGGGCUGUUAUCUUCACGGGUCCUGACACAAAGGUAGUCCAGAACUCAACAGAGCCUCCUUCAAAGAGAAGCAUGAUCGAGAGGAAGAUGGAUAAGAUCAUAUACCUCAUGUUCCUUAUGGUAGUUUCAUUGGCCUUCCUUGGUGCUAUUUUGUUUGGGAUAACAACGAGAGAAGAUUACCAGAACGGCGUCAUGACGAGAUGGUAUUUAAAACCAGAUGACUCCACCGUCUUCUUUGACCCUCAGCGAGCGCCUCUGGCUGCGGUCUGUCACUUUCUUUCUGCCCUGAUGCUGAACAGCUACUUCAUCCCUAUCUCCUUGUAUGUCUCUAUAGAGAUUGUUAAAGUUCUUCAGAGCAUCUUCAUCAAUAAAGACAUCCAUAUGUAUUACGAGGAAGCUGACAAGCCGGCGCUAGCACGUACCUCUAAUCUGAACGAAGAGCUUGGGCAAGUGGGGACAGUUCUUUCGGAUAAGACGGGAACGCUGACGUGUAACUCCAUGGAGUUCGUUAAAUGUUCUAUCGCUGGGAGAGCGUAUGGGCGUGGCGUUACAGAGGUGGAGAUGGCUGUGGGUAAUGGUAUUGAGUAUGCUGUUGCUGCAGAACCGGUGGUGAAAGGAUUCAACUUCAGAGAUGAAAGGAUAAUGAAUGGGAACUGGGUCAAGGAAAGGGAUGCUGAUGUCAUUCAGAAGUUCUUGCGUUUGUUGGCAGUGUGCCAUACGGUUAUACCUGAGGUGAAUGAAGAUACAGGAAAGAUCUCUUACGAGGCUGAAUCACCGGACGAGGCAGCUUUUGUUAUUGCAGCGAGGGAGCUUGGGUUUGAGUUUUUUAUCCGGACUCAAACAACAGUGUCUGUUAGAGAGCUAGACGUGGCGACUGGUGGACGAGUUGAAAGGAUGUAUAAAGUCUUGAACGUUCUUGAGUUCAGUAGCGCAAGGAAAAGGAUGUCAGUGAUAGUGAGGGAUGAAGAUGGGAAACUCCUUUUGCUUUGUAAAGGUGCAGACAGUGUCAUGUUUGAAAGACUUUCUGGAAACGGUAGAGAGUAUGAAGAGGAAACUCGAGACCAUGUGAACGAGUAUGCUGAUGCUGGACUGAGGACUUUGAUACUUGCCUACCGUGAACUCGACGAGAAUGAAUACGAGGUGUUCACCGAGAGAAUCGGUGAGGCCAAGAGCUCGGUUAGUGCUGAUCGAGAAGCAUUGAUAGAUGAAGUCACUGAGAAGAUUGAGAAAGAUCUGAUUCUUCUUGGAGCUACCGCUGUUGAGGAUAAACUCCAAAAUGGGGUUCCUGAUUGCAUUGAUAAGCUUGCUCAAGCAGGAAUAAAGAUUUGGGUUUUGACAGGAGACAAGAUGGAGACUGCUAUCAAUAUUGGCUUCGCUUGUAGUUUGCUCCGACGAGACAUGAAGCAGAUCAUAAUCAACUUGGAGACCCCUGAAAUCCAGCAGUUGGAAAAAUCCGGUGAAAAAGAUGUCAUUGCAGAGGCGUUGAAGGAAAAUGUACUGCGUCAGAUAACUAAUGGAAAGGUUCAACUAAAAGCUUCUGGUGGAAACUCUAAGGCAUUUGCUCUAAUCAUUGAUGGGAAAUCACUUGCUUAUGCAUUAGAGGAUGAUAUGAAAUACAUCUUUCUUGAGCUGGCCACAGGUUGUGCCUCAGUGAUUUGUUGUCGUUCAUCACCAAAACAGAAAGCUCUGGUGACAAGACUAGUCAAAACUGGAAGCGGUCAGACGACACUUGCAAUUGGAGACGGCGCAAAUGAUGUUGGAAUGCUUCAAGAAGCAGAUAUAGGAGUUGGAAUCAGUGGAGUUGAAGGAAUGCAGGCUGUAAUGUCCAGCGACAUUGCCAUUGCUCAGUUUAGAUAUCUGGAGCGUUUGUUACUCGUCCAUGGACACUGGUGUUACAGGCGAAUCUCAAAAAUGAUUUGCUACUUCUUCUACAAAAACAUCACAUUUGGGUUCACUCUCUUCUUAUAUGAGGCAUACACUUCAUUCUCUACCACACCUGCUUACAAUGACUGGUAUCUAUCUCUCUAUAGCGUCCUCUUCUCGUCACUUCCUGUCAUUUGUUUGGGAAUCUUCGACCAGGACGUAUCUGCACUGUUCUGUCUCAAGUUCCCUGUAUUGUACCAAGAAGGUGUACAGAACCUCCUCUUUAGUUGGCGCCGGAUACUCAGCUGGAUGUUCCACGGCUUCUGCAGCGCAAUAAUCAUUUUCUUCCUCUGCAAAACCUCUCUUGAAUCUCAAGCGUUCAACCACCAAGGGAAACCCGCAGGGAGAGAUAUCUUUGGAGGAACAAUGUACACAUGUGUGGUGUGGGUUGUGAGUUUGCAGAUGGUGUUGACAAUCAGUUACUUCACAGUGAUUCAGCAUCUCGUAGUUUGGGGAUCUGUAGUUGUAUGGUACCUAUUCCUGACGGUGUACGGAUCACUGCCGCCGAGGGUGUCUACAGAUGCCUAUAUGGUCUUUCUUGAAGCUCUUGCACCUUCGCCUUCUUACUGGAUCACCACUCUCUUUGUGGUGAUGGCCACGAUGAUGCCGUUCUUCAUCUUCUCUGCUAUUCAGAUGCAGUUUUUCCCAAUGUCUCAUGGGACUAUAAAGCUGCUUAAGUACGAGGAUCAGUGUAAUGACCCUGGGGAGUUGGAGUUGGUGAGACAGGCAUCAGUAAGGCCUGCAUUGGUUGGGUUUACGGCUAGGAUAGAGGCCAUAAAGAGAUCGGUCAUGAGAUCUCGUCAGACUGGACCUUGACAAGUGAUAUGAUUCCCUCGGUUUUUUUUUGGGGGGGUUUAGUUGUUACUUGGCAGGAUGUAAAUAAGACCAAAUGAACUGCAAACUCGAGGGGAAAGUGGUAGAUCAUUACAAGACUGUAGUGAACAGGGUCUUUUUUUUUUUUACUGGUUUCUGCAGCAUAAAGGGUGCAAAUUCUGAUUAUUGCGGCCUUGACCGGUGAAAAAGAGAAGAAUAUUACAGAGUUUUAAUGUCCAGAAAAAUCUAAUUAUAUUGGGAAAAAGUGGGAGAUUGUACAUGAGUUGAGAUAAAGAGUAAAGAAAGAUUUUACAAUAUUACAGCCUUGUCUUACUCACCUAUCACUUCUUAUCAUUCGAGAUAGAGAUUUGAAAUCUGUCUCCUUAAGCUU